UAUAAUGUCAUUGGCUGGAUCAGAACUCACCCAAUUAAAGAAGAUAGGUGUGUCCUUUGCUGCCUACAAAUAACAGUGCGUGAGGGUAUGAACGUCAUAUGCUGAAAUAGUUUUCUGCUGUUCUGUGUUAUUGAAUUGUAUAAGAAGCCAUGUCUGGAAGAGGCAAACAAGGCGGUAAGACCCGCGCCAAGCCAAAGACGCGCUCAUCUCGGGUCGGGCUACAGUUCCCAGUCGGCCGUGUUCACAGGCUCUUGAGGAAGGGCAACUAUGCCGAGCGGGUGGGAGCCGGAGCUCCAGUCUAUCUGGCCGCAGUGCUCGAGUACCUGACCGCUGAGAUCCUGGAGUUGGCCGGCAACGCUGCCCGGGAUAACAAGAAGACCCGCAUCAUCCCCAGGCACCUGCAGCUCGCUGUGCGCAACGAUGAGGAGCUCAACAAACUGCUCGGAGGAGUCACUAUCGCUCAGGGCGGGGUCCUGCCCAACAUCCAGUCCGUGCUGCUGCCCAAGAAAACCGAGAGCUCCAAGUCGGCCAAGAGCAAGUGAAGUGCCCGCUCCCAGCGCCCCCUCACAUGGAACAACAAAGGCUCUUUUCAGAGCCGCUAAACAGCUGCACAGAAUGUUCUUUGAGGUUUGGAUUAAAAGAAAAUCCGCGUUCCUUUCAGUUGCAUUGAGUCUGUAAAUACAGUCCAGGUUGGGGGGAGUCAGUGAGGCGGACU